GCGGGGGCGGUCGGCCCGCUGGUGGCUCUGCUCGGCAGCGAAAGCGAAGACGGAAAGGUGCACGCUGCACGCACGCUCAGCGGGAUCGCGUUUCACGACGACUAUGUCGAGUCCAUCGUCGAGGCUGGCGCGAUCGCUCCCUUGCUCGAACUGCUCGGCAGCGAGAGCCAGGAAGCGAAGGAGGACGCAGCUAAGACGCUGGCCUUCCUCGCGGCCGGCGACUCCGAGAAUGCGGCCGCUAUCGUUGAGGCCGGUGCGAUCGUGCCGCUCACUGCGCUGCUGGUCAACGGCACCGAGGCGGGCAAG